CAUCUGUCAAAUUUCAUUGACAAAAGUUUUACUUCGUGUAUUUCGAUCCCUUUGAUGGGAAUCGGAUAUUUAUAUUUGUAAAAAGCACGAUAAUACUGGGCUAAAAAUGGCUCCAGUCGCUCUCUCAGGCCAGUUCGUCAGUAAAAUAAAGCCCGCCACGGGGUCACUGAGCGUUGUUUACAUCAAAUCGUCCUUCUACAGUACGGAUGGCAGGCCUAACCUGGCCGCAUAUAAGAGAGGCACUGGAGGCCGCGCAAGUUUUAACGGCGUGGUAGCAACCGUAUUUGGCUGCACCGGUUUCCUGGGUCGAUAUGUUUGCAACAAACUGGGCAAGAAUGGCACACAGAUGAUCCUGCCAUACCGGGGUGAUUUCUACGAUGCCAAUAGGUUGAAGGUGGCUGGGGACUUAGGACAAGUGCUCUUCACUCCAUACGACAUCCGUGAUGAAGAGUCCAUUGCUAAAUCUAUGCAAUACUCCAAUGUGGUUAUCAAUCUUGUUGGUCGUGAUUAUGAAACUAAAAACUUCAAAUACAUGGAUGUGCAUGUAGAGGGCCCUAGACGUAUUGCAAGGAUUGCUCGUGAAAUGGGUGUGGAACGAUUCAUUCAUGUGUCGUACCUAAAUGGCUCUGACACUCCUAAACCAUUGGUUUUGAGAAGGCCUUCCAUGUACAAGAUUAGCAAGUAUCUGGGAGAGUGCGCUGUAAGAGAGGAGUUUCCCAUGGCUACUGUGUUCCGGGCCUCUGAUAUCUAUGGCGCUGAGGACAGAUUCUUGAGAUCUUUCGCUUCCAAGUUCCGUAUUAACGGAAAAUUCCUGCCUCUGUACAAGAACGGACUGGAGACCGUCAAGCAGCCCGUGUACGUGUCGGACGUCGCUCAAGGCAUUCUGAAUGCUCUUCGCGACCCGGACACCAAGUGCCAAGUUUACCAAGCUGUUGGACCUAAAAGAUAUCUGCUAGCUGAUCUAGUGGACUGGUUCUACGCUCUUAUGCGCAAAGAUGAAAAAUGGGGCUAUGUUCGUUACGACAUGAAAUAUGAUCCUAUUUUUUUCCCACUGAAGGUUAUGUUGGUCAACUUGAUUUCACCUGCGUACCCCUUGGGCGGCUUGCACUGGGAAUCCAUUGAAAAGGAAGCUACUACAGAUGUUGUGGAUGAGAACCUUCCGACGUUGGAGGACCUUGGCGUAACCCUCACCGAAAUGGAAAACCAAGUACCUUGGGAACUAAAGCCAUUCCGUGCUCACCAAUACUACAUGGACAAAAUUGGAGAAUUCCCCAAACCACCUAACCCCAAAGUUCACAACAUAUAAUAACAACAGACAAAAAUAUAAAUCAUGUAAAAUUUAGUCAUAUUAAAUAAUUACCAACUGAGGAGUUUAUAUAGGAGUCUUGUAGAUUAUUUGGAAUAAAUUAUUUUCAGUUUC